AUGUCUCCAUACUCGAAGAAAGAAGACAGUGUCCAAACAAUCGAUCCGUACCGACUAUUCGAUUCACGCCCGGUGUUCUCCCACGCUGCAACAUCCACGGGACCAUGUCGCAUUGUUGCCACCGCCGGGCAGGUGGGCGCGGACGAGAACCGCGUUGUCCCCCAGGAUGUUGACGAGCAAAUGGCGCUGGCGAUGAAGAACUUGGGCCGAUGCCUUGAAGCCGCGGGCGCCACUGUCACGGACGUCUUCAAGCUGGUGUACUACAUUGUCGACUAUGAUCCGAAUAAUCGACGACAUACGAAGCACGUCAAGGCGUUUCUGAAUGGGCACAGGCCGGCGACGACAUUAGUCCCAGUCCCGGCGCUCGCAGAUCCGGAGUUUAAGUUCGAAAUCGAGGCGUAUGCCGCCGUCAGACAAGAGCCCCUGAAAAAUGUCGAUGUGGUUGUUGUGGGUGCUGGGCUCAGCGGGCUCAAAGCAGCGUACGAUGUUCAGAAGGCGGGGCUUUCUUGCAUCGUCGUCGAGGCUCGUGAUCGCGUCGGAGGCAAGACGUGGUCGGUUGAUCCAUUGGGGGAAGGAAAGUUCCUGGAUGUCGGUGCCGCAUGGGUCAAUGACACCAAUCAGGGCGCGAUCUAUGCUCUGGCCAAGUCUCUGGGGUUGGAACUUGUGGUGCAGAACACCGUGGGGAACGUAAUUCAGGAAGACCUGGGAGGGGGGUUGGGAUUAUUCGAGUAUGGAGGUACGCCUGAGAGGAUGGCCGAGCCCAAAGGAGUCGAAAACUUAGUCUACAUUCGGGAACGGGCAGAGACGGUGUGUCAGCAGCUGGAUAUCCAUGAUCCAGUUGGAACCGGAGGACAUCUUGACCGGAUGACGUUGGAGGAGUGGUGCAUGGCCGAAAUCAAGUCUGAAACGGCGCUGGCGUCGGUCAAAUUGUGGACCCGAGCCAUGCUGGGCUUGGAGCCGUCGGAGAUGAGUGCGCUUUAUUUCCUGAAUUAUUGCAAGAGUGGCGGUGGGCUGCUGCAGAUGAGAUCGGAUUUCAAGCAUGGCGGUCAAUAUCUCAGAUUCAUCCGGGGCACGCAAUCAAUGUCUCUUGGAUUGGCUAAUUUGAUGAAUCCUGGUUCCGUGAUCCUCAACUCACCAGUGCGACGCAUUUCACAGACCCCCGAAGGGAUUUUCGUAUCUGCAGGUCGGGGCGACUUUCGAUGUCAACGAGUUAUUAUCUCGGUGCCGACGGUUCUGUACAAAGAAAUCACCUUUGAUCCUCCCUUACCCGAGGCCAAGGUCGAAUUGGGCAAAAACAACGUCCACGGAUACACCUUGAAAGUCAUGGUCAUGUACUCGGAGCCCUGGUGGCGGAAGAAAGGCCUGUCCGGGGCCAUCAUGUCGUUCAAGGGACCUAUCACCACGUGUCGCGACUCGAGCAACGAUGCCAAGGGCAUGUUCUCUCUGACUUGCUUCACGAACGGCGAUUUUGGUCGUCAAAUGUCUCUGCUCCCACAGCAGGAGAGGUUCAAUGCGAUUUUGGCCCAUAUCAAACGAGUCUAUGGGCCAUACGUGGACUCGGUCCCCGAUCCGAUUGCCGUCACCGAGCAUGAGUGGGCCAAGGAUCAAUGGGCCCAAGGUUGUCCCUGUCCCGCGUCUCCUCCGGGUAUUAUGACCAAGUAUAAUCACGCCUUGAGGACAAGUCAUGGAAAAGUCCACUUUGUUGGCACCGAGACGGCAUAUGAAUGGAAAGGGUACAUGGAGGGAGCUGUGCAGUCGGGGGAAAGAGGAGCGAAGGAAGUGAUUGAUGCUCUAGGGAGGGCUAAGUUGUAG